ACAUAUAUUAUUCUAUACAUACUUAAUAUCAGACAACACUCUCAAGGAACAAGAUCUGCAUGUUCAACAUGCAUGUCUCCUUUUCACUUGAAUAAUAACAACUUGAUCUUACCUUAUAUGUUGUCAUUAUAAUUUUUUAUUUUUUUUUAUUUUCUAGUGUACUAUUGCAAAUUUUGUUGUUAUCUUUUACUACUUGUUAGUUAGUAUGAUGAUUACGUAACAUUUACUUGAUUGAUCCACCCAUGCUGUUUGUCUGGUACCACCUUUUUUAUUCUCUGUUAUGAUAUCAUAUCAAACCUUUUCUUUAUGUCUUUUUCCUCUUUUGCGUUUUUCACUUUAUCUCUUGUUUGUUUAUUAUACUCAUGAAUCAUGAUUAUUCUGUACUACUUGUUUGUUGUUGCUAUAUGCUACUUUUAUUUUUCUCAUUUCUAGAUGUUCAUUUCAUCUUGGAUUCCUUAAAGAUCUGUCUUUGUGUUCUUCAAAGUUUUACUGCACGGUUACCUGAUUUGAUUUAAUUUAAUUUAUGUCAAACUCUUGGUUUCGAUGAGGUCAAUGUGAAUUCUGGGGAAGGACAAAUAAUAAGACAAAUUUUUAGUAUAUUCUAUUUCCUGUUCACAUGUUUUAAGACUUUUAUAUUUCCCAUUAUUGAGUCUUUCAUUAUCUUGUAAUUUGUUUGAUUCUUGCAGACCAUGUAGUAUUAUAUACUAAAUUCAUGUUUUUCUUCUGUUCAGCCGGUUUACUUAUCCAUUCGUAUAGUUUCCGGUAAUUUGCGCAUUUGACCGAGUAAAAAAGGCGCUUGUUUACUCGAUUUGACUAAACUUUGAAUCUCAAGAGUUUCAAGGGAGAUCUAUAGGACAAAAGUAAGAAACAUAGCAUGAUAUUCAUCUACUGAGAAAAUGGGGUGUUGUGUCUCAACAAGCAAUAGAAGCAAUGGCGACGCGGGGCCUUCGUCUUGUUUAGAAUUGGGACUGUGUUGUCAGAAGAAAGAAAGGAAAGCAUUGUCUGAUCAUGUUGUUUCUCUGCAUAAGUUGUCAUCCUUACCGAACAGAAUAAUCGCUAACGGAAAGAGUCGGUCUUCUUGUAUAUUUACGCAGCAGGGGCGUAAGGGUAUUAAUCAGGAUGCCAUGAUUGUAUGGGAAGAUUUUGGGUCAGAAGAUGUGAUCUUCUGUGGUGUAUUUGACGGCCACGGUCCACACGGUCACCUUGUCGCGCGCAGAGUUAGAGAUUCCUUGCCGGUAAAACUGCUUUCGUUUUUGCAUUCUUCUGAAUUUGGUAAAGCUUGUUUCAAGAGGGAUGUAAAGGCUGAAAGUGGAGAGGCUGAGAAUGAUUUCUCUGCUGAGGAUGAGGUGAACUCUAUGUGGAGAGAAGCUUUCAUGAAGGCAUAUAAAGCUAUGGACAAAGAGCUGAAGUCUCAUGCAAAUUUGGACUGUUUUUGUAGUGGAAGCACAUCAGUGAGUGUAGUGAAACAAGGACCAAAUUUGUUCAUGGGAAAUAUUGGUGAUUCGAGAGCGAUCAUGGGAUCCAAGGAUAGCAAUGACUUGAUGGUGGCGAUUCAGCUGACAGUUGAUUUAAAACCUGAUUUGCCAAAAGAAGAGGAAAGAAUUAAAAGUUGCAAGGGUAGAGUAUUUGCAUUGCAAGAUGAACCAGAAGUUCCUAGGGUAUGGUUACCUUUUGAUAAUGCACCUGGAUUAGCAAUGGCUAGAGCAUUUGGAGAUUUUUGCUUGAAGGAAUACGGCGUGAUUUCUGUACCUGAAUUUACGCACCGGAUUCUCACUGAUAAAGACCAGUUCAUUGUUCUUGCCUCGGACGGGGUAUGGGAUGUUUUGAGCAAUGAAGAGGUGGUGGAUAUAGUAUCAUCAGCACCGAGUCGAACGUCAGCAGCAAGGGUUCUGGUGGAAUCCGCGGCACGAGAGUGGAAACUCAAAUAUCCGACUUCGAAAAUGGAUGACUGUGCUGUUGUGUGCCUAUUUUUGGAUGGAAAAAUGGACUUAGAAGAAUCAGAUGGUGAUGAACAAUGCUAUUCUUCUGCAACAAUCCAGAGCAACAACCAUUCGGGUAAUCCAGUUGAGUCGGACGACGGUAAAAAAUCCGAGCCUUCUUUGCGAAGAAACUUCACUGUGAGAACAUCAGAAGAAAACGAAACAUUUGGAGUAGGAGGAGGAGAAUCUGUUAAUGUUGAAGAUGGAACAUCAUCAGCAGCAGAAGAUCAAAACUGGUCAGGUCUAGAAGGUGUCACCCGAGUAAACUCACUCGUACAACUUCCUAGAUUUUCUGAAGAAAAGCCUAACUCUUGAAAUCUGUUUAUUUAGUUAGAACUCUUUGUUGUAAUGCCUAUAGCAACACAAUGAAUUCAAGAAGGACUGUUUUAUUUA